AUGUCACCGUGCUGGCCAAUAUAUAACAAACCGCCAAUUACGUCUUGCCCAGAAAGAUACGAAGGCAUGCUCUUGUACAGCUGCCUUAAAAAUCAUACAGCAUCUCGACAACCCCAAUGUUGUUACAUUUUGCCAAACAAGGGCACAUUUAAACCAUGUUCCUGGAGACUGAGACGAACCAUAAAGAUUAUUGAAGAUCAGUUGAAAAGUGGCAGCAGCUGUAGAAGUACAAGAAUUUCAGUUCUUAGACAGAUUGAUAGUUGGGGAGUUGGCAUUAGAAAGCCUAAUUAUGAAGAAAUUUACAACAGAAUGAGAAAGAUGACUACUUUGUUAUAUAUGUUUGCUUCUGAUGAAAAUGCAUCUAUUUCCAUCUGGUUAAAUGUAAAGCUAGCAGAACAAAACUAUUGCAUUUUUGAAAUCAAUCUUUCUGUUUAUAAUGAUGGUAAAAAACAAUUUGCCUUUGGAUUUCAAUCACCAAUGCAAGUUUCAAUCAUGAGAAUCUCGCAAUCUUUUUGUCUCAAUGCCACCUAUUCCAUUUUGUCCAGAAGCGAUGAAGUAUUAUAUACUUUGGUCACUCGCCAUCCUCAAACAGGAAAGGGAUUCCCUGUUGCAUACAUGGUGACAAACAACCAGACAGCCGUACCCAUUAAACUUUGGCUUGACCACCUUUGCAUCAAGAGCAGCUUCGUACCAAUGAAUAUCACUAUUGACUGUAGCAUUAUAGAGGUUAAUGCAAUCAAAGAAGCAUUACAUCAUGCUACAAUUCACUACUGUGAUUUUCAUGUUCUUCGUGCUUGGCAGCACAACCUUGACAGCAAGAUUAAACUUAAUGCCUCUUAUACAUCAGAACAACUUGGGAAUUAUAAGACUGCACUGAAGAACUACCUGAGACACAUUCUCAUCGAGUCUAACAAAGACGUGUUCCUAAGAGCAAUUGAAGAUUUUAAACUGAUGGUUCAGGAUCAACCUCAGUUUUUGAAAUAUUUUGAGAAGAAAUGGACCAAGAACGAAGAAUUGUUGCGAAGAUGGGGGCGCCCGUACAUUAGCCAACAACAUCAGAGAUAUGUGACAAACAACUAUAUAGAAUCAUGGCACAAUCAACUCAAGACAAUCUACUUUGGUCGUGCAUGCACCAGAAGAUUGAAUCGACUGAUUUUUAUCUUGACAAAUGAUGUGGAGUUCUAUUUUGAACAAGAGGUUGAGCUUAUUCACUUCAACAAUGGUAAGAUGGGUCCCAUUGAUAAUGAGUUAGUAAGAAAUUCUUUUGUUGCUUCAAAAAUCCAAAAUGACAUGCUUCCUUACAUAAUUCUCAACCCUUUGGGUGAGACUGGUAACAGCAUAGAUGAUUAUAAUGGUGAGUGGCAAAUAAGAUCUUUUGUAACAGAAGAUAAGUGGUAUACCGUCAAUAUAUCAAAUGACUUGAUACAAAGCUGCACCUGCCCGAACUUUCUGACCCGCCAGAUCCUAUGCAAGCAUUCACAUUUGUUGAAGCAUUACUGUGGGGCAAAAUUCAGCUUCAUCGAGCAAUCACUACGGCGGGAUGAAUGGCAGUUGGGCCAAAAGUAG